GCGUUGUUGUUGUUUUUUUUUUUUUUUUUUUUUUUUGUUAUUAUGGCUUCUUCUAGUACUUCAGCUUCAAGCAUGAUGAAAAGCUCGUCGAGUUCAGAGGAGGAUUUGCAGCAGGUUAUGGAUCAGAGGAAGCGCAAAAGAAUGCAAUCAAACAGGGAAUCCGCACCACGGUCCAGGAUGAGGAAGCAGAAGCAUCUGGAUGAUCUGAUAGCUCAGGUCUCGGAGCUCACCAGAGAGAACGACCAGAUCAGAACCAGCGUGAACAUCAUCACUUCACAACUUUACUUGAACCUCGAGGCAGAGAACUCUGUUCUUCGAGCUCAGAUGGUUGAGCUCAACACCAGGUUGCAAUCUCUCAAUGAAAUCACUGAUUUCAUAAACACAAGCAAUGGAGUUCUGUUUCGAGAUGAUCAUCAGCUAAGUGAUGAAAGCUUCAUGGAUCCAUGGGAUGGUGCUGCUUCCUGCUGUGGUAAUCAACCCAUCAUGGCUUCUGCUGAGAUGAUUAUGUAUUAAUUCUAUAUUCUCUGUUUUGAAGUUGGGGAAAUUAAUAUUGCACGUUAAGAUGUAGUAAUUAUCAGGUGGGAUGAAGUUUGCAAUUGUGUGCUUGAUCUGUAAGAAAAGUUGCUAGGGCUUUCUGGUCAUCGUUUAUUGGUAAUAAAAUAAAGAAUAUUUCUUUAG